CGGCCUUAGCUCCGCCCCGCUCCUUGCGGCGGAAGAGGUGAAAGGUCAGCCCUGUGAGUUAUACAACAUGGCGCUAGCCGUGCGCCUCCGGCGCCUUCUCCUUGUGGGACGUAGCGCCGCCAGGGGACUUCGACUUACGACAGGUGCUGCCGGCAGCCGGGGGCAGCGUGUUCCUUGGCGACUCGCCGCCUCUGAGGUAAUGGGAAACUCAGGAACUUUCAGAAGAAGUCUUUUAUUUUCUGCCCUGUCUUAUUUGGGUUUUGAAACUUGUCGAGUCAUUUCCCAGGCUGUUGUGGUUCAUGCCACAGCCAAAGUCUUCAAAAUUGACGAAAUCCUUGAACAAGCAGACUACUUAUAUGAAAGUGGAGAAACAGAAAAACUUUACCAGUUGCUAACCCAGUACAAGGAAAGUGAAGAUGCGGAGUUACUGUGGCGUUUGGCACGGGCAUCACGUGAUGUAGCUCAGCUUAGUGGAACCUCAGAAGAGGAGAAAAAGGUUUUGGUAUAUGAAGCCCUAGAGUAUGCAAAAAGGGCACUUGAGAAAAAUGAAUCAAGUUUUGCGGCCCAUAAGUGGUAUGCAAUCUGUAUUAGUGAUGUUGGAGAUUAUGAAGGAAUCAAGGCUAAAAUUGCAAAUGCCUACAUUAUCAAGGAGCAUUUUGAGAAAGCAAUCGAGCUGAACCCUAAAGAUGCUACUUCAAUUCACCUUAUGGGUAUUUGUGGAUCCAAACUUCUACAGCAAAAACUUGCUCCUUCUAGGAAAGACGUAUUUGAAGCUACACAACAGAAAGCUCGCUGCUUUCUGGCUAACAAAAGCCAAGGACCACCCAGCGCACACAGAGGAGGAUAAACAGGUACAGCGUCUCCAGUGACAGAGGCAGACAGGCUUCCUGAGGCUCGUUAAGGAAAGGGGAAUCAAGCACUGCUUCAAAAGUGUCAUUGUCCAAAUGCAUGUUAUUAAAUAAUACUGCUUGUUUCAAAUGUAUACAGCAAAUGUUUUUGGAGAAGGAAAUGGCAGUCCACUGCAGUAUUCUCGCCUGGAAAAUCCCAUGGACAGAGGAGCCUGGCGGGCUACAGUCCAUGGGGUUGCAAAGAGUUGGACACGACUGAGCACACGCACAGCAAAUACUUAGUUACUGUCAAGAAACAUGUAUGAAUUGCUCAGUACAGUGUAGAAUCAUCCCUGUUUGACGUAUCCAUACAUAACAGAUCAGGUCAGAUUUCUAACACAUAGAAGGCAGGGGUGUGUGCUAAUGUGAGCGUUCUCUAAGAGUCUCACCUCCGAGUUCCCUAAGAAGUUUUCCUUAGUGGACUAGCCUGGUGUUCUGAAACUCUCAGAAACUACUUUAUGAACUUGUUUCACGAGUGGAUCUCUGUGCUGUACCGUUUGUUUAUAAUGUGUGUUCUUCCAUUUUAGGUACAGAUGGAAGCUGCUCAGUUACUCACAGGCUUCAGUGACAAGAACUGAGAAUUUUUCAAUGAAGUAGCUAAGAAGCAUUGCCUUUUCAUCAGAUUUUAAAGAUAAUAAAUACAUUAAGUAUAA